AUGGCGGCGACGGCGCACCAGGCAGAGGGUGGCACGGGUGGGGAGACGAGAAGGAAGACAUCCUCCUUUCUUGUUUCCCCGGGGCAUCCCCGUACAUUUGCCUGCGCGCGCCUUGGUCCGCCCUGGACCCUGAUAGAGGGGAGAGAUGGCGAGGACGACGACACUCUCAGUCCUGUGAGGAAACCUCGAAAGGAGUGUGCGAGAGACCGAGAGUGGAUAUUCAAGCCGACGGCCCCGCAGAGCGGCUUCCGCGCACUGUGA